AUGGACAGUACAGAAGAAAUAGAUGAGGAUGACCAGCUUCUUAAUUAUGCAAUCCAGCUGAGUAUUGAAGAGUCGUGGAGCAAUGAUUUUCCAGCAAGUGUGGAAAAUCAGAAGAUUUUUGAUGCUAUCCAAAGGGCAACAGAGCCCCUUUUCUUCCCAGGGGACCUGCAUACGCUGCAGGAGAUGUCGGCCUACCCAUCUGCAUUUACUGAGGUGGAUGCUAAAGGCUGGUACCCACUCCACAGGGCAUCAGUACAACAGUCAGUACAAGUGCUGGAGAGAGUGAUAUAUGCAUCUUACAGGCUGACCCUUGAGGAGGAAACAGCAGAUGGAGAGACCCCUUUGACUCUGGCUACUCAAGCAGGAUUAGAAGAGAUUGUUUGCACUUUGCUCGAGCAUGGAGCUUCUCCUCAUCAGACCAAUGGCAGGAAUGAGUCUCCUCUAUUACUGGCUGUAAGAACAGAUUCUUAUGACAUAGCUUUAGCACUUAUAAAACAAGGUGCACUGGUGAACCAGAUCUGUAGGAAGAAGUGGACAGCUAUGCAUGAGGCUGCUAAAGUGGGCUGCAUUGAUAUCCUGAAGCUUUUACUGCAGCACGGAGGCCAGGUCUCAGAGACAGAUCAACAUGGGGUGACCCCAAUGGGCAUUGCUGCAGAAUACGCCCAGGCAGAAGUUCUAGAUAUCCUUAUUCACAAUGGUGGUGAUGUAAAUGCUCAGGCACCAAAUGGAGACAGUGUUCUAUAUGAUGCUGCUGGUUCUGGUAAUCCUGACUGUAUCGACCUUCUCCUCCAAAAUGGGGCCAAUCCCAACAUCGCCAACCUCUCUGCACAGCUCCCUAUUCAUCGAGCUGCUUUCGAAGGGCACUACCUCGUGUUGAGGAAAUUGAUCCCUAUUACUACAAGAAGAGCUCUGCGGCUUACGGGCCAGAGUCCACUUCACUCAGCAGCAGAUGGUGGCCAUGCACAGUGCCUCGAACUUCUACUGGAGAAAGGCUUUGAUGUUAAUUCCCUUCUAGACCAGCACGUAUCUGAAAAUUAUGGUGAUAUGAGGAAGAGUGCCCUGUACUUUUGUGUAUCCAAUGGAGAUGUCACUUGUACUCAGUUGUUGCUCAGAGCUGGUGCUAAACCUGACCUGGAUCCUUUGAGCUGUCUCCUGGUGGCAGUGAGGGCUUGCAGAUAUGAGAUAGUCAAGCUACUUCUGGCCAGUGGAGCUAACGUGAACUGCUACUUCACAGUGGUCAAUGACACUCUGUUCCCCACUGCAUUACAGUAUUGCCUCAGGGAUGAGAUGAUGAUGCGGAUGCUACUUAGCAGUGGCUAUGAUGCAGACAAAUGCUUCAUCUGUUGUCAUGACUGCACUGACUGGAGUCAUCAAUCAGAUCAUUCACAUGAAAAGAUCCCUUUUUGUGACUUCGUCAGUGUCUCGUGGCUGGUGCAGUAUGCAGGAAGAGCUGUGCAGGUUCUUCUGGACUAUGUCGGCUAUGUCGUAAUCUGUUCAAAACUGAAAAUGGUUCUAGAGAAGCAUAAAGAAUGGCCAGAAAUUCGUGAUAUUUUAGGAAACCCACGGUCACUAAAGCACAUGUGCAGACUGUUGAUCAGGAAAAAGAUGACUCCAAGGAAACUGGGAGACCCAGGCAUUAUCAAGUCUGCUCCAUUCCCACCUUUACUUAAGAAGUACUUGAUGUAUAAGGAGUAUGACCUGUAUGGCAGCUUAUGUGCAGAUGAAUGA